GUGGGUUGAAUCGAAAGUCAAGAAAUCAGUCACUGUCGCGUGUCAGAUAAGGAAGGACCACCGUACCUUCUCACUUCAUUUAGUCAGUAGAUACGAAUUGGCAGGUAGAGUGGACUAUAAUGUUGAAGACCAUGGUCGCAGUAAAAUGAGAGGUUCGAUGGAGCCGAUAAGAAUGUUUCGAGAUGGCCCAAGCACAUACACAACACAAGGUGGACAACAUGCCAGACCAGACGCGAGAGGGCAGCAUCAUUCUGCAGCAGUGUUUCUCAAAGUGUGGUAUCCGAGAGGUCCGCGAGCAGAUUUGGUAAAAUACCGGUGAGAGUGUGCUCUCUAAUGAAACUCAGACUAAUGAUGUAACAACUAAGCAAUAUGACAAUGUUACAAUGCCUCCCCAAGUACCUACCAUCAAUGUGACUCUUCUAUCAGCCCACAUCCUGCCGACAAAAGCGUCACAAGGAGACAGUGAAACUUCCCACAACCACCCACACAAUGCCCAUAGCAACACUACUGUGCAAAUCAACGAGACGCUACUGUUCGAUAAUACUACAGAAGCCAACAUCACGCGUGAAGACAGUGAGUCCUUUCAGGAUCAGGAGAAGAAUCAUCCCCUUUGGCACUGUAUUGCUGAUCACCUGGAGUACUUCAGCCAUCAUUACUGUGGAGUCACAUUCCAUAACGCCAUGGCCACUGUCCCAAAAGAGAGAUGGUGUGACUGGGAAGAGAUCAAGAUACACUACAACCAGUUAAGCGAGUGCAUGGAGGAAUUGUCUGACUUUCUCAGAUGCUACUACCCCAACCAGCAGACACAGGAGUUCUUUGUGGGCGUCCACGAGGAGUACUUCCAGGCGUGCCAGGAGGAGGAAGAGGACCUGCCGCCGGGGCUGGUUCUAGCACUCACUCUGCUGCCUGUUAGCCUCGUCCCCGCCCUCGUCUUCAUGGUGGUCUGGAAGAACAACGUGCGGGAGUAGCCUAGCCUAGCCUAGCCUAGUGCCCCAACAUGUGCUGAAUGACCAUAACUAUGCCGAAUAGUUUAGUGGAAUUGGAUCUGAGGGGUCUAAAAUGUCAUGCACUACUGAACUAGUUGUCCGUCAAGUAUUUAAACGUCAAUGCCAUCAUUUAGGAUGAAUUAAGUUCUAUUUUCUGAUACAGUUAGGUCAACCUGGAUGAGUUCAUGCUCCAUCACAUAACCCAUAAUCCCUUGGAUUUGAUUCCGUUUUCUCUGUAUACAUACCAUAAUACUCUCGAGUAUUUCACAUUUAAGCUAUACAUGUUUGCCUGCUGUCUUGUGCAAGCAUCUGAUUGUUUGAAUGUAAAAGCAAUGAUUGUGGUGGCCAACAGCAUUAUGCAAGAUAAGGGUGUCAGUUGGAGUAAUAGUAUUAUGUUUUGGGUGUAGAACUGUAAUGUGUAAGAGGUAUAAUGACAGAAGCAAUAUGGUUGAGCAAAGAUCCUUGUAAUUGUUGCACCGGAAAAGUUUAAUUAAUGUUUUUAUUAAAUAAGCAUUUUUAUAUAGCCUGUGUAAUAUUACAUGUUACAAAACACACACAAAUGACCGUGGUUUGUUUUUGGCUUUGAAGACUGACAUUAAAAAGUAUUCUGCUGUAGCCUA